UAGCUUCAGACAUGGCGGGGACACUAGAUGAGCUCCAGUUCCGCUGCACCGUCUGCCUGGACGUGUUCAGCGACCCCGUCUCCACGCCGUGCGGACACAACUUCUGCAAACUCUGCCUGGGGACGUACUGGGACACCACCGAAGUGUGCCGCUGCCCGCUGUGCAAGGAGAUGUUCCUGAAGAGGCCCGAGCUGCGCGUCAACAUGGCCUUCCGAGAGGUGGUGGAUCACUUCAAAAGCACCGUGUCCGGCCCGGAGGCCGGAGGGGAGGCCCGGGAGGCCGAUCCGGACGAGGUGGCGUGUGACAUCUGCGCCGACGCGAAGGCCAAGGCCUCCAGGUCCUGCCUGGUGUGCAUGGCGUCUUACUGCGAGGCUCACCUGGAGCCCCACAAGACAGCCACGGCUCUGAGCAAACACAAGCUCAUCAAACCGGUCAAGAACCUGGAGGAGCGAAUAUGCCACAAGCACGAGAGGAUUUUGGAGCUGUACUGUAAGAAGGAGGAGGAGUUCAUAUGUCAGACCUGUGCCGAGACCGACCACAGCCGGCAUAAAGUGGUGACAACAGAGGUCGCCUCACAGCAGAAAAUGAGCUUGGGAAAA